UCCUGCUCUCAGAAACAGCCUUUGAGAAUUUUAAAAGGAAACAUAAGCGACUAAAAGCCACAAUUUGCCCAAUGCAGAAAAAUGGCAUCAUUGUGUGUUUCAGAGGAUUUCAAACUAUGUUCUGUCACCCAGGACUUCUAAAACACAGUUUGAAGUUCUGUGAGUAAUAAAGGGAAUCUGCUAAGAACUAAUAAUGGGAGAAAUUUGUAUUUUGUACAAGUAUUUGAACUGUAGGCAACAUACCUCUCCUGUUCUUCAUGAUUGCUGUAUUGCUAAAGGAUACAUUGCUAAAUGUGCAUGACAGAGCAGUCCAACAUGUUCCUCGGUGUGUGUUCUUAUCAUAGGCAGCUACUCAGCCUGGGCAGCUAUGAGCAUUUUCUAAAUCUGAAUCAUGUCAAAAGUCCAGCAGUACCUAUUCCUCAGUACGUACUGAAGGGUUCGUUCUGUGCAUCUUGAAAAGCCAGCAGGACGAUUGAUUUAACUUCUUUAGUGUAGAUAUGUUGCAGUCUGCAUAGUCCUUCCGUGUUCUAUUGGUUUGUAGCCAUCCCAGUGCAGUUACGUCUAUAUUGUGGAUAUGACUCAGAUGGUGUAAACCAAUUCAGAGCUCCUGCUGUGCAAACAGAAGCUCCUUUUGCCAUUUCUAUUUUUGAAGGAUUUUGGUUUCCUGUGACCGUCAUAUGAUGGGCAUGUUUUCCUCGCUAAUUUCCUUACAGAUAUCAAGCAAUGCUAGUUGUAGGCAAAAGCCUUUCAAAACCUUGUUCUUUUCACUUAGACAUGCUAAUUAUAAAGCACUUACAACAUCAAACCUAAGUUAAUUUUUGUUGGCUUUUAACUGAAACUGACUUCUGGUGGAUCUGCAGUCCUCCUUUCUGAUUCAGCACCAGGUUCUGCCUGGAAAUGGAGAUUGUAACUUGUGGCAAGAGCUUCAGGCAUGUUUUUCACAAAGCCUGCGUGGACCCGUGGCUUAGUGAGCACUGUACGUGUCCAAUGUGUAAACUGAACAUUUUGAAGGCCCUGGGAAUUGUGCCCAAUGUGCCGUGCACAGAUAACGUGGCCUUUGACAUGGAGAGGCUCAGCAGAAGCCAGCCUGCCAGCAGGCGCUCAGCGCUCGGCGACUUCGCCAAUGACAGCUCCCUGAGCCUGGAGCCCCUGCGCACCUCCGGCAUGUCACAGCUUCCCCAGGAUGGGGAGCUCACUCCGAGGUCAGGAGAGAUCAACAUUGCUGUAACAAGCAGUCACUUCUUUCAUCGCAAUUCUCUGUCCCCUCGAAGUCUGGUCUAUGAGAGCGAAUUCUCCACCAUCGAGCCUGCUUUGGACAUCUAUGACGAGAACAAAACCUGAAAGGAAUGCACAUUCCUUCCUGGCCCUCUUUCUGUUGUUUUCAUUUCUCAUUCCUAUUGUUGUGUACUCUUUCCAUGGAUCUCCUUUGUCUGAAGAAGAGCUGCUUUUUCCAGAACACGAGCCUGCCUUCUAGGUCACGGAGAUGAAGACAGCUGUGGUGGUUUCUGCGGGUGGCACCUCCGAGCGCAAGCAAGGUUGUCUGAUGGAAGUUGCUGAGUAACAGCAUGGGAGCUGUGUGGGCCCGGCCUCGGCGGUGCAGAAGAGGCUUUGCGGUGGUCCUAAGAGUUUGUUUUGUACUGCAAAUGCGUCUCCCCAACGGGGGUAUGCUGGUUUUAAUGGUCCAAAUUGUUGGGCAGAGUCAGAAAGGGAACUAGUUGCAAAGGAGCUGGCCAGUGACUGGUAAAAGCACUCCAUAUAGCUUGGUCAACCUGUAACCUUACUGUGAAAUAUCCCCUUCCAAGAGGGACCUUCCAAGUGCGUUGAGUUUCCAACGACCUGCUCACCCCUGGGCGACAGCACGCCGGUCUGACGUUAUGCAGCAGAGAGGCCCUGUGUUUGCAGAAAGAUUUCAAGGAACUUGAUGCUUCUGUUUUUUUCUCCAUUUCUACUGAAGCAGGAGAAAAGUGGCCUACACAGAAUACAUUUUUGGUCCUUCCGUGUGCUUCAGUCACGUGAGUCUCUUUCUACAGAGAGGACGUUCACAGAACCAGCACUUGAUCUACCUUAAAAUAUUAGACUUUUUGAAAUAUGCAGAAAUCUAAUUAGCUUUCUUUCUUGCUUUACUUUUCUUUUUGGAGGGGUUUAAAAAAAUCCACCAAAUUUUUCACUGAGGUUUUUUAAAAGCCAGCAUGUUGGUGUUACACAGAGAAAAGAGAGGUAAGCUUCUUAUCCUGUUCUCACGUUGAGAUCUGCAACGUUAACCAACAAACACAUUCUCCAGGCCAUGCCCUUUCCCACUGACAUCAAUAACGUGAAUGCAGAAAGCAGAGGAAUAAAGGAAAGCAGCGACUGCUUUGGGACUCAGCAUGAAAAAUCCAUUUUUACUGGAGCAUGCCAGAAGCAGUGGGGAAAUAGAGAUUGUUUUAAGCUUCUGAAUGUAUAACCUGGAGAUGGAAAGCUGAGUUCAGCCAUCCAUAGAGCUCCUCACAUGAGCAGACGUGGAGAGUGAGGGCUCCUGCUCUGUUUCCUCCUGGACAAUGCAGAGCUGUUUGAACAUUAACAUUUCUCCAUUGCAGUCUCAGUUACUGUACAUGUAGAAAUGCAUUUGUGUAAUGUGAAACACGGCUUCACUCUGUAUAGGAAACUGAGAAAUCUGUAAGUCUAAAAAAAAGGUGGGUAAGGCAUUUCCUGCCAUGCUUUAAUUUUGUCAGCUUUUGCUACAAAACUUCCCCUGCUCAUUUUUUUUUAUUUUUACUGGAUAGUGGUCUGCUGACAUGCAUCCUUACCUGAAGCGUGGCUCAGCUGUGUCUUUAACACAGAUGUUUAAGAGAAAAAGAAAAACCCAGCUCUGCAAAAUGAGAAACGAUCCUAUUCACAGAGUAUGUUCUGUUGCUGUGUGUCAGCUUCACUUGACCUGGUAAUUCAAGGAGGGGUGGUGUGAAGGUUAGAGAGGUUUCUCUCAUAAUACCCACGUUUCCAUUUACCACAUGCACUUUUAUUGCAAUUCAGCCAACGUUAGAGGUUUGCUCACACCCCAGGCUUUUCAAGAGCACAACUUCAAUGCCGCCUUCCCCAACCAAGUGGCGAGGAUGUGGAGCCCCUUUGCUGGGGCGGGGUGGAUUAGUUGGCUGCAGGCAUUGCUUUGCUGCUCUGCAUGUCAGCUGUGUGCACGAGGAUGGGGUGCAGGUUGAGCAACCCCGACUUCAUCAUCACAUCUUCCAGGCAGUGGGCAGGGCGCUUCCGAACAGAGACAUCCGGAAGUAAAACAUCAUUGCUCCAGGGUGCUUUAGGGCUUGUUUUUGUCAGUGUUGAGUAGUCAGGUUGCAAAAAGCUGUGCCCAGGUGUUUGUAGUUAAACAGAGUGAGGCAUUGUGGCUCCUGCUGGAGCUGCCAGGGUUGGUGGGGUGGGAUGGGAUGGGAUGGGAUGCUCCCAAGGCUACGCAGAAGCACCCAAGAGGUGCCUUGUGUCACAGAGCGGAGUGGUCACAGUUCUGGCAUUAACGCCAGCAAGGCAGCGUGCAGAGCGGGCUGUGGGAGCACUGCUGAUCGCUCGGGGCAUGCUGUGUGCUGGGCACCCCUGGGCACUGCCCUGCUGCCUGGUCACAGCUCCAUCACCUCCGGUGCUGGGGCUGCGUCAGGAAGUUCCCCGCGCUGCUUCCUGUUGUGCUUGGCUUCCUCAGUGCAGGGUUGGGUUUGUUUUGAACAAAGCAGUCAGCUUUGUGCCAGAGUAGAGGAGGGCAGCUCAAAAGCAGAUAGAAAUUAAAAUGAGCGUUAGCGACUACAGAGCCCUAAAUGGCAAAUUAAUAAAUAAUGCCAUUUAUAUUUGAUUAAAAUCUCCCUACUUCUAAACUACCUUUUCAGAGGAGCGGGGAAAAAGAGUUGUCGCCGAUGGUGCUGACUGGGGUCUGACAUGGUAAGGAAAGGUCCCAUCUUUGGGUUGACUAGAUGAUCUUUUCCAGCCUUAGUGUUUCUCUGAGAGGCAGCUGGGGCUGAUGGUUGUGUAAUGGACAUUGUGGGUUUGGAAGGUGUUGCAACACUGGAAACAUUAAGUCUGGUUGAAGCAACUGAUCCCUACCUGCGUGCUGGGGCGUGCCAUGCCAGGCAUUUGUGUACUGUAUUGUAUUUAGGAUGGGAAAGAGGCAGCACAGCAGCAUGGGUGAUUUUUCCGGGCUGUGCUGGUAAGUUUGAGAUAUUCCUUUUAAUAUUAACCAGUAUAAUUUAAAAAAAAAAAAAAAAAAGCUUGAUGAGCAUCGUUGUUCUUGUUCUACUAUGGUGGUGCUGUGUGUGGUCAUUUCAUAGACGUAAGGUAGAUGGCAGUCUACCAAGAGCUGUACUGUCAGUAUCUUGGGAAAUGAUUUUCUACGUUUUAAAAACAAAAGUGUUUUUUAUCAGAAAGCAUUAAUUUUAUGACUUCUACAUAAAAAAAAACCUCUUAUGUUUCUCUAAGCGAUCUAAAUCCGCUACUCCUCCAUCCCUUUCCCUUUUCCACGUCUCCUGUUUUUGAAAGUUCUGCAUGUUCCCAUAAGACAUUUGUAAAAUUGAGGUUUGUUUGUGUUCUUAGAGGAUAACUGCCAGUAAAAAACAGACUGUAAGUGUGCUUUUUACCUAUAGUACUAACAUUAAAUAUUACAUUUGAAGCAUGUUAAAAUUUACUUAAUGCCACUCAUGAGUACUCCCUAUGUAAGCUCACGCGUUGGUGCCGGUUUGCGCUGCCCUAUUGCUUCUAGGAUGCUUGCCUUGGCAUGUGAGGGCGAUUUAGGAAUAGCCAGAUAUCCUACAUAAGCCAAAGAAAGACAAGUAGUUAAAUACAUGUAUUUAGUACUCUCCUAUGGGACUUCUGCACAUCUGUUUUGUUUGGAUACUAAGGAUGGGGCAGAAGGGCUGAGCUGACUUACAGGGCUGUGCUUCCUGGAGGGCGCACUGACUAAACUGUUAAAACACAUCUAUGUUUUUGCUCCACUAAUAAUCAUCUGGUUUUACAACAAGGGAAGUUGCACGGCUCAAAGGUGGGACUGCCGUGCUGCUCCCAGCCUCGAGGUCCCCAUCACUCCAAGGUUGGCAGGCAAUGCUCUGCUCCUUAUCACCCCUCACUGCACAUCCAUGUGUGGCCUCAUUUUCCAGCCCUAGCCAUGGAGAAGAGCGUGUGCCGUGCUGUGACAGCUUGCUUAUGUGUUGUUAUAUUUAAAAAUCUCAUCGCUCCUUUUCCUUUUUUCUGCUGUAAGGGCAGAGCAGGGGAGGGCUGAGAGAUGCUCCAGCUACCUGCACGGGGGAAAAUUAGGAGAAAGCUGCUUGGAAAUAUCUUGGAAAUAAGGAAAGUGUGAUGCCUGCUCUUGUUGGAGGCAGGGGGGGCUGCAUGGGGUGGGGGCUGCUGCUCAGGGGCAUGUUUGGCACAGCCAGCAUGGAGCUGAGUGCUUGUGCUGUGUGCUAAGGGCUGCCUGUUUGUUCUUUGUACAGUAAUGCCUGUGGUCUCCAGCUGUGGGGGACCCAUGGCAUAAAGUGUUGCCCCCAAAUAGCCCCCCAAAGCUUAAUAACUAAGCGUUAAUAUUCCUGCAAGGCAAGAGAUGUGUAGGGUUUUGUUACAAGUUAGAACUGUUCAGAGUGAUUUCACUGCAAAGCUGAGGUGUAACUGGGGAGGAGGGGGGAUUUCACAGCCCAAAAGCACAUCCUAGAAGCCCUCCCCAGGAGCACCUUCUUGUGGCCACAGCUCCAUCUAUGCACUGCAUCCACCGGAACAGGGCAGAGAAAUCCGAGGCUGCCUUUGGGACUGGGGCAUAGCAGCAAAUGGGGAACAAAACUACAAACACCAUUGGUGUGUGUGCAAAAAACAGCAUGCUGGGCUGGUCGCUGCAGGGUGAGGGCUCGGCGCGUCGCUCCGGCCCUUGGGAGGCUCACUUGGAACUCCCUGACCUAUUUCGAUGUAAGUAUAACACUGUAUUGUAGUUACGUGGUAUAUGCCAAUAUGUUAAUAGUGUAUACCUAUUAGGGUUUGCUAAUGUACUACAUUUCAAUAAAAAGCAAUUUAAAAGAG